AUGUACAAUACCUCAUCGUCGGGCAUGCCCUCAUCAUCAUCGAUGAUGCAUCAAUAUAAUACUUAUAAUAAUAAUCAUAAUAAUGGCUAUGGAGGAAGUAGUAUGGGAGGUGGUUCUAAUUCCCUUGGUUAUCCAGGUGGGGGAAGUGGAGGUUAUCAGCCAGCAGCAAGCUUUAGAAGAAAUCUGUAUAAUGAACAUCAACAAAUGAUGAAUCAACAACCACAGGUUUUUCCACACCACAACAAUCUCAUGUACAGACAGUUUCCACCUCAACAACAGCAGCUCAUGAUGAAUCAACAAGCACACUACGGUUCUCCUAGAAUGAAUUCGAGUGAGGACAAUACUGAAGAUUUACCAAUGUACAACAAUGAAAAGCUUCAAAUUCUCAAUAUGAAAACAAAGCAAAUACCAAGACAAGAUCCAUUCUAUAACUAUUUGGAAUAUUCAUUGAGAUUGGCUGUUGGUUCUGUUUCAAGUACUGCUUUUAGAAUUUACAGUUUGAAGGAGUCUUCUGAAUAUCAUCAGUUUAGAUCUACAAUUGGAGACGGUGGUUUGAUGGAUGUUUGGAUUAACCUGAACGAUUUGGAAGCUAUUGGAUCUCAGAAUACUUUGGAAAAUAUUGUUUGUGACGGUUUCAAUGUUCCAGAAGCUGGUAUCAAACUAUCUGUUGGACGAGUUAACUUGAGUCCAGAAACCCAACAAUUCAGCACCUCUCUUAUACCACCUCAAGAGCACUCUAGAGCCAAUUACGAAGAAAGUUCAGGAUCUCGUCAAAAAUUCUAUCGUCUCAUGCACUGUUUGUUCUAUCCAGGAAAAUCGUUCUGUAUUGAAAAAAAAACUACUGGACCUGUUUCAAUUCCACAAGGUUAUGACAGUGUUUAUUAUCAACCUGAGGAACAAGAUCCAGAAUUCCAUCACGAAUUUAUAAUGCUCAAUCCAGCUCACAUCUUUUGCGAUUUUGUUUGUAUUGUUGAGUUUGACAAUAUGGGCGAUGAGAGAUUGAGAAAUCAAACUCUUCAACAUUAUCGUGACUUUUUCAAAACAAGUGACAAGAUUAUUGGAAAGGCCUACAGAAAGGCUUUGAACUUUGUAGAACAAACCAUGAAUCCUCCCACCGAUGAGACCAUUCUUCUUCCUGAAGUGUUCACACAAAUGCAGCAAUUCAAGCAAGCAGAUCAAGAAUUGGCUGCUAUUGAGGAAAGAAGACAAAUGAUUGUCUCCAAUGUUGUUGAAAUGGAAACUCAACUCAAAGAACAAUACAAGCGUGCAUUGGUGUCCUUGCACGACAUUUCACAAUUAAAGAUGAGUGAGUUACUCUCAAGAGAAACUGAAAUGAGAAGAAGAAUUGAAGAGAUGGAAUGGAUGAACAAUUUUAUUCAAUACCAACAAACAAUGACUCCUCCACUUCAAUUCUUGGAUUCACUUGCUCAACACAAGGUCAUUUUCAAGGAAAAGCAAGAUGCUUUCGACACAUGCCUCCUUAGUAAUCAGCAAGCAUUGGAAACAGUUCUCCCAGAUAUAGGGUUGGAAGGACAAUUACAAGUAUCAUCAGCAUCUCAAAAUCUGUCAGGAAUUAACUUUAAGACUUUGAAUUUGCCAAAGGAAGAAGAUGGGUAUGAUGAUAACGAAUUGAAUGAUGAAUUUAAUUAA